AAGGUCCCGCCGACCCAAGACGAGGGGGCGCGGCUGCGCUGCGGGGACCCUCGCCCCUGCCAGCGCUGGGUCCGCGGCUGCAGGCGGAGGCGCCGAGGAGGUCUGGCGGCAGGCAGGGUCCUUCUCAGGAAGAUGGCCUACUAUGGAAAAUGCAUUGAUGUUGUGAUAGAGCAACUGGACAGGUUUAAGCCUGAGAAGGACAUUCCCGACCAGUUCCUGGAGGCUGCAUCCUCCUCUCUGCAGGGCCUGAGCCCCCUGAAGCAGGCGUUCGUGAUGGAGGUCCUGUCCGGCUGCCUUGAAUACUGGAAGUUGCUGACCAUCGUGGUAGACGCCUUCUACGUACGGGAUGGCCGACUCUGCCUCUGGGCUGACUACAGCCUCUUCCAGGUGCUGUGCUACCUGGCCACGUUCCAGCUGGAUGAGCUCGGCUUCCAGCUCUUCUGCAGCAUCAUCAAGUCCCAGCCCACACGCAAGACCUGCAAGUUCCUCAGGUUCUUUUUCAACCCCUUAAACCUAUGCUCUUGGAUCAAGGACGAAUGGAGCCUCAUCUACGAGACGGCCCAUGUGAAGAAGAACUGGAUCAACCCCCUAAUGAGAUGGCAGCCAGAGAUCCAAGAGCUUGUUGAUCAACUGGAGGGAGUGUCAGCUAGUCAAACUGCUAUCUUCAAGACCAAGGCCAAGGUCACAGAGCCCAAGGAAUUCAACCUGACUACACCCAGGCCCCGGGCCAUUCCAGUACCUGAGCCAGUCCCCACCAUGGCCAAGCCAAGACAAGUCCCUCGGAGUACCUACCAGGAGCCCAAGGAGCAACAGCAGCUGCAGAUCCUCAAGAGGCACAACCGCCUGAAGGCCGAGGAGCUGCUGCUGAGGGCGAACGUGGAGGAACUGCGGUGCGCCAUGCCCAGGGCACACAGAGCGCCGCCUGAGCAGGACUCCAAGAAGAAGCUGGGGUGCCCAACCCACAUCCAAAAAUCCCCAAAGCUGACCUUCUACAGGCCUGACAAUAUCCCUAUCAAGUUGAACACUGCUGCCAUCCUGCGAGAAGGGGCCUUGUACCAGAAGCAGGUGGAAAAAGAGCUGCAGAGGGUUGAUAAGCUUGUGGAUGGAGCUGGGGACUUCUCUGAAUUCCUUGAGUGGCAGAAGAAGAUGCAAGCAAAGGCCCAGGAGGAGCAGCUGGCUGCAGGCGAGUGCCGGCGGCUACAGGGGAAGCUCAGCCAUGAGGAGGCCAUCCUGGCCCGGCAGAACCUCAUACAGGAAAACAAGCAGAAGGCAGACCAGAAGAAAGAGGAGACAGCUGAGCUGAUGCUGCAGUGUGCCGAGAGGAGGCUCAGAGAGGCCAAGUCCAUGAAGGAGCUGGUGGAACAAGUGACAGAGGCACAGAAGAAUGUCAAAGUGGCUCAGAUGAAGCUUGUGAAGGGCCGACAGCAGAUAGUUCAGGAGGUAAUGGAGGAGAGCCGGGAGAUGCUGCAGCGCAGUGCAGAGGCAGCCAGGGAAGAGCAGAGGCGUCGCUGUGAACUCAUCUCACAGUUGCGUGCACUGGAGACACAGCCCACACGCAAGGGCAAGCUGGUGGACCUGACCCAGAUCCCCGGGUAUGGUGUGGAGGGGGAGAUGUCUGUUGUGGAGCUGCGAGAGCGACUGGCGCUGCUCAGAGAGACCCAGAGGCGUGAGGAGGAGGAGAAGCGAGAUCAAAUCAUCCAGGACAAGCGUGCCAAGAGCCAGGAGCUACUGAACACAUUGGAGCAGAUCUCACUGUGCCGCAAGGCCAUGGGGAAAACUGCGGCCAUGAGGUGGGAGCAGAAGAAAGCCCAGGCGGUGACGGGCGCGCCCUCCCAAGACGAGCGCGUGCUGGAGCUGCAGCGCAGGAUCGAGGAGAGGGUGGCGGAGCGCCGCCGGCAGGCGGCCCCGCUGCACCUGCCGGCGGCGCGGACUGCGCCCCCCCGCCCGCAGGCGCAGCUGGAAGAGCCGCACUGGCUGGAGCUGGAGAGGAGCCGCGAGCGUAGGCUGCGGGCCCUGCAGCCCGGGGAUUCGGCGAUCGCACCGGCGCGCCGCCUGGAGGCUGCCUGAGCCGCGCCCUGCGCCCGGGCCGCCAUACCCGCCCCCCGACCCUAGACCUCCCUGACCCCCCGCGUGCUGCCCGCGACCCCGCCCAGCCCUCUGUUCCCCAGCCCGCAUCUGCGCGAGCGGUGCUGUGAUAUUAAUAUGCUGAAUUGGACCUCGGGCCCAGACCCUAGCCCUUCCUCAGGGCCCAGCAAGUCAUCAUUCCCAAGGCCCCCUUUAUCCCCCUCCCUGCUCCAGAACAUCAUCAGCACUGGAGUCCCCACCGGCUAUCCAGACCCAGUGGCUUCACCUGAGAACCUAAGAUCCUGUGUUCAGUUGUGCUGUGGUACCAUUCUGGCCCUUCCCAUGCCUUAUCAUGUAAUCUGCGAUUUUGGACAAGUAGAAACUCUGGCCCAUUCUCAUUUCAUUGAUGAGGCCAUUGGUGCUCAGAGAGGUGACCUGUCCAGCGAGCCAAACCCAGAGCUAAGCAUGGGUGACUUUACAGAGUACUGAAGGAGCCCGGAAUCAACAAGGUUGGGGCCACUGGGAAACAGGUGGUCCCGUGCAGGGACCAGGACUGAUUUGUAGGCUGGAGAAGGCGUGACCUUGAGAACAGGCCUGUGGAGUAACAGCCUCCUGGCCCUCUAGAACAGAGCACAUCAUGCUGCUGCUCACUAAAAGGAUAGAAUGUGGACAGUCCGUAGGGUGGGGUGCAGUAAAGGAGGGGCUAGAAACUCUCAGAUGGAUAAAUAUUCAGGAGAGGGACAUCCUUCCCCAUUCUCCUUUGACCUGCAGAGCUGGUACCUCAGCAGUGGAGGCUGGGCCUCUGAGCACUUUCAGAUCGGGAAAGCACACAUCAGCAGUGACAAGAACAGAUUUAAGGGUCAGAGUCCUACUCCAAUAUUCUGAAUUGUAUUAGAACUCCAGAACUUUCCCACAACUCAGGUUGGUAAAGAGAAAUUCCCAUCUCCCUGUUGAAUCAGAGCUGAGAAUAGAUUAAAUUUCAUUUAAUGAAAAAAAAUCUCUUUAUAUCCUGUGUUGUGCUAUUCAAAUCCAUUUCAUUUGAUAUUGAGGGAAUACCCUGAUGAUUGGUCCAGACAGUCAGUCUUUCAGGAGCUCUGAAGGAUUCAAAAGGAUUUACCAGCUCCCCUAACUGGCAAGCCAAAGGCAGAUGGACUUCAGGACAUGCCUGAUGCAGGAGUUCUAUCUCCAAGCUGGUAGCAGUUUGUUUUGGAAUGUUGAAUAUGUCUCCAGGCUUGAAGGAGUUCCUGUUAAGCCAGCCUUCUGCAAUGGGGGCAGGUCUGUAUGGUUGCCUGCAGCAAGGCUGUGGCAAGGGAGGAAACUGUCCUUCACCUUCACCUAUUAGGCUUGCCUCUGGGCAGAGCAGAGAUAUGGCAGACCAACACUGUGGAUGCUCUUGGCAACAAUGUUGAUUGGCAGUCAACUAGGUCCCCUCUCCAGUCCUGUUCUAAGAGCUAGCUUGUGGGAAACUGCUCCAUCUACAUGAGUGGGAGUAGGCCUGGGUCAUUCCCUAAAGCUGUGACACUGUCCCUAAAGCUGUGGCAGAAUGUCUCCCUGUACCCAUAACUCCUUGCCUUGUGACUUUACCAUUCCCAUCAAGAGGUGAAGUCUAUAUUCCUCAAUCUCUGAACCUAGUUUGGAUUGGAGACUCACUUGGACCAAAAGAAUGCAGCAUAAGUAGCCUUGUGCCAGCUCAGAGCCUGGAACUUUGGUCUUGGGAGGUUCCACUUGUUCACUUACCAGGCCCCAGUGAACCUGGGUGGCCUUUUGGGAUAAGACAGCUGAAACUUGUGAAGGAGAGCCAGUUGUCCUGAGUCCAUUCUAGAUCAUUCUGCAACCAGCAGACACUCCCACCCCAUCUCCCACAUGUGAGGGCAGCCAGGACCAGAAUUCUACACUCCCAACUGAGCAACAAUAAACACUUGUUAUUUAAAAUA